AAUGUCAAAAAAGAAUUGGCGCUAGACAGACCGGCUGUUCAGUGAUAAAAGUAACCCCAUAAAUUCGUGCGCUUCAGAUAGCGUAGCGCGUGGAUAUAAGAUCUCAACAAAACGUUCCAUAAGCGACAGGUUUUUGGUAGCAAAAUGCCGAAAAACAAGAAAGCAAGUUCAUCCGAUUCCGAGUCGGGCCCAGCGGAUCCUACUCCAGCGAAGAAAGUCAAACCUACCAAUGAGUCCAAGGAAGAAGCCGAAGAGGGCUUCCCACUAAAUGACAAGCGGCGGGUGACGGUCAACGAGUUCAAGGGUCGGGUGUACGUCAAUAUUCGCGAGUAUUACGAAAAGGAUGGUAAAAUGUUUCCCGGCAAGAAAGGAAUCAGUUUGACCGUGCCCGAAUGGAAGAAACUGCUAGAACAUGCCGAUGCCAUCAACGAUAAGACGAAGAAGUUCUAGACUGGUCGUUGGAUAAGAGCACCGUUUGCUUUCAUUCUGACAAACAUGUUUGUUUUGUUAAUAAAUACCCUCUCAGGGCAACAGGUGUUGUAA